AGAGGGUCCACCUGUGCCCCUUAAUACUAAUUUUCCAGCCUUUAGGAUGCAUUUUCAGAUCUUAUACAUAAGUCUCUUCCUAUAAUGUGGCUCAGAUCUGGAGUACUUGCUAAUGGGGACUUUUCCCCAAAGACUAGUGGGAUUGUGAUAUAACCUCCAUGUUAAACUAGCAUGUAUGGACUUGUUCUUGACAUUACUUUUCUAGAUGCCCCGAUCUUCGUCUUUCUUUUUACAAGUCAAGGUAUUCCAGUUCACUAAGUGCGUUCUCUUCUUCUCAACAUUAGUACUCCAGAUAAAGUUCAUUUCGAUUAUGUUAUUGUUGUUAUUGAUCUUGCAAGGAAGCUUAGUGAUGCAUGAUGUGACUAGAAAUACUAUCAAGUAUACCAUAUUUUACAUCACACAUGAUUCAAUUUUGCCCUUCUAUUAUGUGUAUGAUUCAAGUUUGUCCUUCUAUUAUGUGUACGAUUCAAUUUUAGCCCUCCCCCGCUACUACCACCACUACCUCUCCACCUGAUUGCUGAGAAUUGAGUGUAUAAAUGCAAGUUACUAAAACUUUAGGGACCAAGCUGUAAAAAAAAAACUACCCAAUUGAAACAGGCAAAAACAAAUGCGGGUUGGUUGUACCAGUGGAACAUAAUCCACCAUUCAUGGCGUCCUCUCUAUCCACAAACCUCAAAUUCACCUUACAACAUUCUUCACUAACCCUUCCACCACUAACAUCAACCACCACUAGACGAGUCUCAGUGCGAUGCGGUCCACGAAGCAACCGUGGACCUCUAGUCAAAGGCCGAAUACUUAGCAUCGAAGCAAUCCAAGCGAUUCAAGCCCUAAAACGAGCUCAAAGAACGGACCCUUCCCAAAUUGAAGCUCAAAUCUCAAAAACCCUCAAUCGUCUCAUCAAAACAGAUCUCAUUGCUGCUUACAAAGAACUUCUACGACAAGACCUUUGCGAUUUGGCCCUCAAAGUAUUUCCAGCCGUUCAAUCGGAAUGUGAUGUCCCUGAUUUGGGGCUUUAUGCUGAUAUGGUUUUAGCUUUGACCAGGACGGGUUUUGCUAAACAUAUUGAUGAAUUGAUUUGUGAUUUGGAGAAAGUGGGUACUAUUGAAUGUGAUGAUAAGUCGCUGGUAAGGUUGGUGAGGGCGUUGGUUGAAGGUGAACAAGUUGAAUCUACUGUUAGGGUUUAUGAAUUGAUGAAAAAGAGUGGAUGGGGUUCUAGAUUUGAGAUUGAUGAAUAUGUAGCUAAGGUUUUAAGGAGAGGGUUUAAGAGAUUUGGGAAAGAGGAAAUGGCUGAUGAAGUUGAUGAACAAUUACAGAGAUCGUCUCGAUUAGUUUUGGGGAAACUACAGUGAUAUUGUUUUUUUGAUCUUACUGUAAUUGUAUAUUGUAGUUUAAGUAAGUAUACAUUGCUGUUUGUUUCGAUUCGAAAAGAUUACCAAA